CUCCUCUAGGGGGCAACGGAGAGCCAGGCCCCGGAAGCAGCGCCGUGCCCUCGCUCAAGAUGGCGGCUUCGGCUUCCCUGUGUCCGCUUGCCUGGGGUGGGCGCUGAGGGCGGAAGCGUCCCGGGGAGAAGAGCAUCUCUGCUGGGUCCAGGGGCGCAAGGCAUGGACUGCUACACGGCAAACUGGGACCCCCUCGGGGAAGCGGCCUAUUACCGGUCAGUGGGCGCCCCUCCCGCCUCCCCAGCGCUCCCCAUGAGACUCUCCCCCCUCUCUGACCCUUCCCCAAUUUUGCCACUCCCUGGAUAACCCCUCUCCCACCCACCCCCAAUGCUUUAUAUUGAUGGGGGGGUCCUCACCCCCUCCGCAGGGGCAGGGGCGCAGCUCCUGCAAAGCAUUUUGCACUGGGAGGGCACCAGCCGGACCCGGGGGGGGGGGGCUUGCAGCUGAUCAGACGAGCUUCCUUUUAAAAAAAAUUAAAUGCAAUUUAUUAAUUUUGUGAUAACAACCCCACCCCGCAAAAAACCACUCACCACCAUAAAAAAUUGAAACCAUGAAUCUUGAUUGACUUCCCUCCACUCCCCCUCCUGCUUCCAUUAUUUUAUGCGUAUUCAUGCACGUCCAUAAAAUCUUAUAUUCUUAACAAUCCAACACUUGAUUCGUCUUAUUGCAAGUGACUUUUAGAAGGGACCGAGCAACAGGAGCUCACCCUGUCAUGGGGAUUCAAACCGCCGACCUUCCGAUUGGCAAGCCCAAGGGGCUCAGUGGUUUAGACCACAACGCCACCCGCGUCCUUAGUAGCACCUUAGAGACCAACUAAGUUUGUUCUUGGUAUAAGCUUUCGUGUGCAUGCAUACUUCUUCACGGUGUGGUUUGAGCACAGUGUAUUUGUGGGAAUAGAUUGCGGAAAAUUUUGCUUAGGCACCUUCUGCUGCGGCAAGGUGUUCGUUAUUAUUAUGAUCAGUGCUUUUUCGGGGGGGGGGACGCAGGGGUACGCAUACCCCUAAACAUUUUGUGAAUCUUUUGUCCAUUUACUGUAUUUAUUUCUCCUGAUCUGAACUAUAAAAUGGUGAUUUUCUUUAGUCAAAAUGAGAGUACAGUGGUACCUCUGGUUAUGUACUUAAUUUGUUCCAGAGGUCCAUUCUUUUUUUUUUUUUUUUUAAAUAAUUUUUAUUAAAGUUUAAAACAACAUAACACAAAAAAAGAACAGAAAAACUCACAUAAAAAUAAUACAAAACUUAACAAUAAAAACACAAAACACAACAAUUAAAAACAAACUCUCUUUUCCAUUUCCAAUUUUACGUGACUUAUUUUCUAGACUUCCUCAAACCUCCCUCCUUUGUAUUCCAGUCCACAUUGUUUGUUCAGCAAUUUCUUUUCCACUUUUUUUUAAUCCCAAUCUUUAAUUUAAUAAAAUGUUAAAAUAUAUAACUUCAAUUUUUUUUAAACCUAGUCCUUAGUCUUAAUAUCAUAUAACUUUAAAGUUUUCCUUUUAAUAUCACAUUUCCAUAACUUUAACCUGUGCAGCUGGAAACCACUUGUUUUCAGUCCAACAUCACUCUAACAUUCCUUAAUUUUGCAGUGUUUCUGAAGAUAGUCUUUGAAUUUCUUCCAGUCUUCCUCCAUCGACUCUUCUCCCUGGUCACGGAUUCUACCAGUCAUUUCAGCCAAUUCCAUAUAGUCCAUAAGUUUCAUCUGCCAUUCCUCCAGCGUGGGAAGUUCUUGUGUCUCCGGAGGUCCAUUCUUAACCUGAAACUGAUCUUAACCUGAAGCACCACUUUAGCUAAUGGGGCCUCCCGCUGCCGCCGCACAAUUUCUGUUCUCAACCUGAAGCAAAGUUCUUAACCCGAGAUUUUAUUCCUGGGUUAGCGGAGUCUGUAACCUGAAGCGUAUGUAACCCGAGGUACCACUGUACCCCUAAACAUUUUUUAAGAAAAAAAGCACUGAUUAUUACUAUUAUUUUAUUUUAGGGACAGCAUUUGACACUAAGUAUAACAGAUGUCAUUGGUGAACGUCAGGGAUCCUCCUGGACUCCAUCUCCCAAUGGACUCAGGGUUGAUGGGAGCUGGAGCCCAGGAACCAUGUACUUUUCUGUGUUCAGACCACUGCACGAACCCCUGUCCCAGUAACCUUUACAACAGACCUGCAAGGCAGGCUGCUGUUGCUAACCCCACAUUGCAAACAGGGAGGGGAACUGGGGCUGAGCUAAGGUCGCCAGGUGGGUUUGUGGCAGAGGCAAAAUUCAAAGAGAGGACACCCUGCUUCCCAGCUGAUCUGCUGACUCCAUAAUCUUCUCCUGCAUCCUCAUCCUCCUUCCCCACAUCCCUCCAGGACCCUACUUCUCUCCCUGCUCCCCAUCUCUCAGGGUCUCUUGCCUGGUGGGGGCAAAGGACUAGGAAGGCCAGCUGCCUCAGUGCCCUGCUUGGGGGCUUCCCAAAGCGCAGAGCUGACCACCAUUGGGAACAGAAUGCUGGGUUUUGCCAGCGCUUUGGGGCUCUGCUUUUAUUUAACCUGACAUUUCUCCCCCCCCAAAACUUUCCGCUAAUGUUUUCUUCCUGCAGGAAACUGGAUUUGUACACCAUGGGCUGGAACCUGAGAGAAGACCUGCGGGAUUGCUUGGUCGCUGCCGCGCCCUACGGAGGCCCCAUUGGUACGGCAAGAGCCAGCUCCUCUUUCUCGCGCCAGCUGUUCCUUUGCAGCUGGGAGGUUUCCUCUCUCGGCCCAGUCUCAUUCACUGGUGCAGUCGGGGAAUUUGCCAAGGGGUAUGGCCUGCAUGAUGCAGUCAGUCGCGCGCUCUCUCUCUGGCUCUGCCUAGCCUGCCCUACAGGGCUGUUGUGAGAACGCCUUGAGGUUCCUGGAGGAAGGGCGGGACCCAAACAAAAUAAAUCAGGGCAAGGAAAGAGGGCUGGCACUGGCACUAGCUGCCAGAAUAAAGGUAAAGGGACCCCUGACCAUUAGGUCCAGUCGUGACCGACUCUGGGGUUGCGGUGCUCAUCUCGUUUUAUUGGCUGAGGGACCCGGCGUACAGCUUCCGGGUCAUGUGGCCAGCAUGACUAAGCCGCUUCUGGCGAACCAGAGCAGCACACGGAAAUGCCGUUUACCUUCCCGCUGGAGUGGUGCCUAUUUAUCUACUUGCACUUUGACGUGCUUUUGGGCUGCUAGGUUGGCAGGAGCAGGGACCGAGCAACGGGAGCUCACCCUGUCACAGGGAUUCGAAUCGCCGACCUUCUGAUCGGCAAGUCCUAGGCUUGUGGUUUAACCCACAGCGCCACCCAUGUCCCUAGCUGCCAGAGUAGCCACUAGUAAAUCCUAAGCAGUUGAGUUGGCACAUAUGGGCAAUAAUAAUAAUGGCUCUAAAUUUUGGCUGUCUAUUUGGACUGUAACCAAAUUUUUUGCCUGCUGGUUCCUGAGAUCAAGGAGCAGCUUCUCAGCCAUGUUUGGAGACAGUUGGAUGCCAUUUUGAAUCAAGAUGGCAGACUGAACUUUUUUGAUUUUGACUACUGGCUCAAAACAACACUGGGGUUUUUUUUGGGGUUUUUUUGGUUUCUUAGAAUUUCUGAGCAGCGGUAGUUACAAGGCUGCUAGUAAUGGCAUAAUUAAAGAAAUUCUCACAAAGAAUUAAAACGGGAGGUGGGAAUGGCGAUUAUCAGGGGCUUGACUUCUCAGCUUUUUUUUAUAGUGUGAUAAUAAAAAAAAGCCUCUAUCAUUUUAGCUUUGCUGAAAAACAAGAAAGAGAAAUCUCCCAGUUCCCGGCCACCUCUGGAAAUCUACACUGCCUCAGGGGUCCUCUUGGCUAGCAUUCCGGUAAGCGAAUUGUGUUAUCAAUGGUCACUGGGCAUUGCAUAGUAACAGAUUUAUGUUUAAGUAGUAUAGUAACGGAUUUAUGUAUAAGCUAAACAAGCUAUAGCUUAGGGCCCCACUCUCUUGGCGGCCCCCCAAAAAAUUAAAAGGAAAAAAAUCCUGGAUGUACAUUUCCAAAAUAUAAGAUAAAAAACAAAUAAAAUAAAACCUACUUACAGUAACAGUGUUUUGUAGGCUUCUAUGAUGUAAGUAAUGGGCCUCGCCGGCUAGCCUGUUCCCUAAAAUAUCACUGGUUAGAUACCUAUGAGGUCCAUAAAUUACCAUACAGUGGUACCUUGGGUUAAGAACUUAAUUUGUUGUGGAGGUCUGUUCUUAACCUGAAAAUGUUCUUAACCUGAAGCACCACUUUAGUUAAUGGGGCCUCCUGCUGCCGCCGCGCAAUUUAUGUUCUCAGCCCGAGCUACCAUUUCUGGGUUAGCAGAUUCUGUAACCUGAAGCGUAUGUAACCCGAGGUACCACUGUAUAGCAUAUACAGUCAUACCUCAUGUUACGUUUGCUUCAUGUUACGUUCUUUCAGGUUACGUCCUGCAACAACCCGGAAGUACCGGAAAUGGUUACUUCUGGGUUUCGCCGCUCGCGCAUGCGCAGAAACAGCAAAUCACAACCCGCGCAUGCGCGGACGCGCUGCUGCAGGUUGCGCUCUUUUCAUGUUGCGAACUGGCUUCCAGAAUGGAUCCCGUUCGCAACCAGAGGUACUACUGUAUUCAACACAAAAAAUGACAGUUUGUUGUUGACAAAGAACAGCUGGACAUAUAAAGGGCCCCAUUACCUACAGUAGCUGAGGGCCUCAUCAAACCUCAAUCCGGCCCUGCAUAGUAACAUUAGCAACAACAACAAAAAGGAGGAAGAAGGCAGGUCAGUUCUCUGCCCCAAAGAGGUUACAUUUGCAGUGGUAAAGGCAACAGAGGGAAAUGAGGAGGAUGGGGGAAAGCAAGGGCAAACUCUGAACGAACACUGUCAAAUCGUGCUGCGUGCACUGAGCUCUUUUUUCAGCUGAGAACGAGGGCUUUGGGGGUUCAGCGACAGGGGGCUGGGUUCAAGUCGCGACGUCGCUGCCAACCUGGAUGACUUUGAAAGAGAUUUUUGUCUUUCACAUGACGGUAUAUGUUUUGACUCCACAGAGUGGGAAGUGACGAAGACAGGAUGUUUGUGUUACUGUGUUCCGUGAAGUGGGACUAUUAUCCUUUGUUCUUUCUCUUUGCUGUCUGGUGCUAGAGAGAGAGGGAGCCAUGUUGCAGUACUCCGUGUGUGUUUAUAUGUAAAUAAAGUAGAUUAGCCAAAAUGCUGAGUUGCUGAGGUCUGGCACACACAUCCUGCACAAACUCUGUGGAUCCCUAAGUGUGUCAGGUUGCUAAAUAGCUGCAUCUGGUGCCUGGCUAAUUUCUAACCCUGGGCUUUGUCUCCCCCAGGGGAAAAACUGUCCAGCCGUGCACCUUGGCUGGACAACCAGUGAGGACCUCCUCUGCAUCCAGGAGGACGGCUCGGUCCUCGUCUACAGCCUCUUCUGUGAGUUCAAGCGGCGCUUCAGCAUGGGCAACGUAAGUGACCUUGGAGAGGAGGGUUUACUGGAACCGGGGGCUUUUGGGAGCUGGGGCCUCGGCCCAGUAUACCUGAAGGAGCGUCUCCACUCCCAUCGUUCAGCCCAGACACUGAGAUCCAGCUCCAAGGGCCUUCUGGCGCUUCCCUCCCUGCGAGAAGGGAGGUUGCAGGGAACCAGGCAGAGGGCCUUCUCGGUGGUGGCGCCCCCCCUGUGGAACGCCCUCCCAUCAGGUGUCAAGGAAAUAAACAACUAUCUGACUUUUAGAAGACAUCUGAAGGCAGCCCUGCAUUGGGAAAUUUUUAAUGUCUGAUGGUUUACAAAUUUUUUACAUGUGCUGUAAGCCGCCCAGUUUUUAUUGUAUAAUGAAAACACUUAGAAAUGUUCCGUAGGAAGUGAUUCAUAAAUGUAAGCUCACUUCUUGUUUGAAGAAACAUUCAAACAUUUCAGUGUAGUAUAGAAUAAUAUAAUAUCAUUUGUUUUAAAAAAAUAUUUUAAAAAUUUGUCUUUUCAAAAUGAGAGCAAGAGCGUUGGUUAUACUGCCACAGUUCUCCAUGACAUAUUGUUGCCAACAGAGGUUUUCAAUGAAAUACCAGAAAAGAGAAAGGCUUCUUUGUGUUGAUUGAGGAGAUGAGAAUUUGUUUGUCUCAAAUUCGACCGAAUAUCUGGAAAUGAUGAAUCAGGAAAUAGAAUGGAAAAUCAAACAAAUGAGACAAAAAACAUUUGAAUCAGCUAAUAAAUGUGGAAAACUGUUGGCCUGGCAAAUGAAAAAAAGACAAAAAUUAAAUACUAUUAUAAAUUUAGAAGUGGAAGGAAAGAGUAUACAUAACCCAAAUGAGAUUAGAAAUUGCUUCCAGAAGUACUUUAAACAAUUAUAUACACAAGGGCCACAGAAGGAAAUGGACAUAGACCAAUUUUUGAAGACAAAUGGCCUACAAAAAUCUCUCAAGAAAGUAAAUUAAUGCUGAACUAUAAAAUAUCUGAACAGGAAGUAGAAGGUGCCAUACAAAAUAUGCAAUUGGGCAAAUCUCCAGGACCGGACGGGUUGACUUCCAGAUACUAUAGAUCUUUGAAAGAGUGGUUACUGCAACCUUUGAAGGAAGUCUGCAAUGAAAUACUGGAGGGGAAAAGGGCACCAGAAUCGUGGAAAGAGGCGUACAUCACACUUAUACCGAAAACAGAGACUGAAAAGACUCAGCUUAAGAACUAUCGCCCUAUAUCGUUACUUAACGUGGAUUACAAAAUUUUUGCAGACAUUUUGGCCAAGAUAUUGAAAAAAAUAUUUAUGAAAGAGAUUCAUAUAGACCAAGCGGGCUUUCUCCGGGAAGACAUCUGUCUGAUAACUUGAGGAAUAUAAUUGAUAUUUUGGAAAAAUUAGAAGUGAAUAUAAACACCAAAGCAGUAUUGAUAUUUGUUGACGCGGAGAAAGCUUUUGAUAAUAUCUCUUGGAGUUUUAUGAAGAAGAAUCUGCAUGGGAUGGGGGUAGGCCAAGGUUUUGAAAAUGGUAUAGGUGCAAUAUACUCUGAACAAAAGGCUAAAUUAAUUGUAAAUAAUGUGGUUACGGAAGAAUUUAAGAUAGAAAAGGGACACGACAGGGGUGCCCAAUUUCCCCACUGCUUUUAUAUCGGUCCUGGAGGUUUUGCUAAAUAUGAUUAGAAAGGACCGGUUGGUUAAGGGCAUACAGGUCGGAGCUAAACAGUACAAAUUGAGAGCAUUUGCAGAUGACCUAGUAUUGACGUUACAGGAGCCAGAAUCUAGUACUAAAAGAGUUUUAGAAUUAAUUCAGGAAUUUGGUCAGGUGGCAGGUUUUAAAUUGAACAAGUUAAAAACUAAGGUUUUAGAGAAAAACUUAACACCGAUUGAAAGAGAGAGGUUUCAGAAUGAGACAGGAUUGAAUGUGGUAAAGAAAGUGAAAUACUUGGGGAUUAAUAUGACAGCCAAAAAUGGGAACUUAUUUAAAGAUAAUUACGAAAAAUGUUGGACGGAAGUGAAAAAAGAUUUAGAAAUUUGGUCAAAUUUGAAACUCUCGUUGCUGGGCCGUAUUGCUGUGAUAAAGAUGAAUGUAUUGCCUAGAAUGUUGUUUUUGUUUCAGACAUUACAAAUUGUAGAUAAGAUGGACUGUUUCAAGAAGUGGCAGAGAGAUAUUUCUAGAUUUGUCUGGCAGGGCAAGAAGCCCAGAAUAAAAUUUAAGAUAUUAACUGACGCCAAGGAAAGAGGUGGAUUUGCCCUGCCAGACCUUAAACUUUAUUAUGAAUCAGCAGCUUUUUGCUGGCUGAAAGAAUGGCUACUUCUUGAAAACACAGACAUUUUGGAUCUAGAAGGUUUUAACAAUGUAUUUGGAUGGCAUGCAUAUUUAUGGUAUGAUAAGGUCAAAGCACACAAAGCAUUCAAAAAUCAUAUUGUUAGGAAAGCAUUGUUUAAUGUCUGGAUAAGAUACAAAGACUUAUUGGAAAAUAAAACCCCAAGGUGGCUGUCACCAAUGGAAGCAAAAGCUCUGAAAAGGCUCAAUAUGGAGGCCAAAUGGCCGACAUAUUGGGAAAUUUUGGAGCAAGAAGGAGAUAAAUUGAGACUGCAGAGUUUUGAAAAAUUAAAAAAUAAAGUGAGAGAUUGGCUCCACUACUAUCAGAUAAUGGAGGCAUACAACUUGGAUAAGAAAAUAGGCUUCCAAGUGGAAAAGUCAAAAUUAGAAACAGAAUUGUUAGAACCCAAAACUAAAAAUUUGUCAAGAAUGUAUAACUUGCUGUUGAAACGGAAUACUCAGGAUGAAACGGUGAAAUCUGCUAUGAUUAAAUGGGCACAAGAUGUUGGACACAACGUUAUGUUCGCUGACUGGGAACAGUUAUGGACCACAGGUAUGAAGUUUACGGCAUGUAAUGCCUUAAGAGAGAAUAUUAUGAAAAUGAUAUACAGGUGGUACAUGACCCCAGUCAAGCUUGCAAAAAUUUAUCAUUUGCCCGAUAAUAAAUGUUGGAAAUGUAAAGAAACUGAAGGUACAUUCUUUCACCUUUGGUGGACGUGCCCAAAGAUUAAGGCUUUCUGGGAAAUGAUAUAUAAUGAACUGAAAAAGGUAUUUAAAUAUACCUUUCUGAAGAAACCAGAGGCCUUUCUCUUGGGCAUUGUCGGCCAACUGGUGCCAAAGAAGGACAGAACCUUUUUCAUGUAUGCUACAACAGCAGCAAGAAUACUUAUCGCAAAGUAUUGGAAGACACAAGAUCUACCCACUUUGGAAGAAUGGCAAAUGAAGGUGAUUGACUACAUGGAAUUGGCGGAAAUGACUGGCAGAAUCCGAGACCAGGGAGAAGAGUCGGUGAAAGAAGACUGGAAAAAAUUUAAGGACUAUUUACAGAAAUAUUGUAAAAUUAAGGAACUUUAGAAGGAUGUUGGAUAGAAAUUAAGAGGUUUUUAGCUGUAAUGCUUUAAGAGACAUGAAAAAAAAGGUUAACAAUUGGGUAAAAGAUUAAUGGUAAGGAUUUGCUGAACCAACAAACUGAAUUGGAAUACAAAGAAGGGAGGUAUGAGGAGGUCUGGGGAAAUAAGAGUAAGGAAGAUAGGUUAAGGAACAUUACUGUGUUUUUAACUGUUUUAUUUUGUAUGUUUUUUCUUACUUUUUACUUUUUUCUUUGUUUUCUGUAUUUUUGUGAAACUUUAAUAAAUAUCAUUUAAAAAAAAAAAACAAAUUCGACCGAAUAUCAAUGAGAUUACCUGGCAAAAGCCAGCUUGCACCUUUCAUUGAGUUUGUAGACAUACCUAAGGUAUAUAUGUAAGAGUCUCGUUCAUAAUGAUAUUUUGGAAAUGAUUCAUGAUCUUCUGUAGCUGCCUUGUUCUAUACUUUCUGGGUGCCGCACAAUCAUGUUAUAAAGUGGUUGUGUUCUGUGUUAAAAAUCAAACAUUGCUAGGACUGUUUUUUUGAGAACUGCUGCUCUAACCACUACACCACCUGACCCGGUGCUUCCUUGCUUUCCUCUCUAACCCCCAGGAGGUGCUUCAGAACCACGUGCUGGAGGCCAAGGUGUUCCACACGGAAUACGGCACGGGGGUGGCCAUCCUGACCGGGGCCCACCGCUUCACCAUAGCCACCAAUGUCGAGGACUUGAAACUCCGCAGGCUGCCUCAGGUGCCAGGUAAAUCUGCCUCCUGCCCACCUUCGCCCCUUGACUCGCACUGCCCCAGACGCACUCUUCUGUUUCUGCAUGUGCGCUCCCUGGAACCCAAGGUUUUGAAAAGCAAAAAUCGCACCCCAAGUUUCUAGAGUUUGUUUUAGGAGCCUCUGCACGUUCUAUGUCGCACUUAGGGGUCUGCUCUUGUUGUCGCCAUUUCACUUUGGUGUUCUGUUAGUGCCUGCUUGUUAUUAACUGAUAAACUGUGGACCUAUUUGGAUCAUUGGGUUAUCUGAGAGGCAAUACCUCUAAUUUGUUGGAAGAUCUGCUCAGCCGUUCUUGCAAUUAGAGUUAAUACGAAUACAAAUGUUGUUGUUGUUGAGUCUUUUAGUCGUGUCCGCCUCUUUGUGACCCCCUGGACCAGAGCACGCCAGGCACUCCUGUCUUUCACUGCCUCCCGCAGUUUGGUCAAACUCAUGCUGGUCGCUUCAAGAACACUGUCCAAUCAUCUUGUCCUCUGUCGUCCCCUUCUCCUUGUGCCCUCCAUCUUUCCCAACAUCAGGGUCUUUUCCAGGGAGUCUUCUCUUCUCAUGAGGUGGCCAAAGUCUUGGAGCCUCAGCUUCAGGAUCUGUCCUUCCAGUGAGCACUCAGGGCUGAUUUCCUUCAGAAUGGAGAGGUUUGAUCUUCUUGCAGUCCAUGGGACUCUCAAGAGUCUCCUCCAGCACCAGAAUUCAAAAGCAUCAAUUCUUUGGCGAUCAGCCUUCUUUAUGGUCCAGCUCUCACUUCCAUACAUCGCUGCUGGGAAAACCAUAGCUUUAACUAUACGGACCUUUGUUGGCAAGGUGAUGUCUCUGCUUUUCAAGAUGCUGUCUAGGUUUGUCAUUGCUUUUCUCCCAAGAAGCAUGUUGGGUUGAAAUCACGACAGACGAGUGGUAGGUGUCAUAUGAGAGGCAUCUGCCGGGGCAAGCCCCGGGAACUCUCUUUUAUUGAAUAUUACAAACAUUGCCACAGGUGUGCUUGUGGCUGAUUGGUUGAUACAAACACAAAGCAUCUUGUUGCUGAUUGGUUAACAUAGGUACAAGGCGGGAAUUACAUAUAACUAUUUAUCACUGAUAGAUCAAAGGCUGAGAAAUGGAGCUAGAACUAGACAGGCAUGAAACCUCCUAAUUAAAUUAUAACUAAAGAUUAAUAUUGAGAGAACAUAACAUGAAAGAAUACAACAAUCACGUUCCGUAGAUGUGGUCAGCAAUGCAUUAAGAACAGGUCAGGAUACACUGUUUCAUGAACUCAAUGGGAACUGUUCAGAACAUUCUCAGACUCAUGUGCAGAGGCAAAAACUUCCCAGCAUGCAAGAGAAAAGAAGCAAUAGUUCUCAUAGUAAGACUUAAUGCCACAGUUAUGUGCAGAAGGAGAACUGCAGAAAGAGAACUUCCCUUUAGAAGCAGGCGUCUUUUAAUUUUGUGGCUGCUGUCACCAUCUGCAGUGAUCAUGGAGCCCAAGAAAGUAAAAUCUCUCCCUGCCUCCAUUUCUUCCCCUUCUAUUUGCCAGGAGGUGAUGGGCCCAGUGGCCAUGAUCUUCGUUUUUUUGGUGUUGAGCUUCAGACCAUAUUUCAUUGUCCCAUACAGAAAAAUGAAUUUGAAAAUCUACAUAAGACAUUCAAAAAACCCUAAAAACUCUGAAACCCCAUUUUAAAAUACAAUAUACUAUAGACUAUAGUAGACUAUUGGGUGCUCUCCCUACUUGUUAUUCCUUCCUCUCUUAGUGGCACAGGAUCAACUUGCCCCAUUGUUAGAUCCAGUUCUACGCUCUCACCUUGAAUAUUCUCCCCACACUCACAAUCAUCUUCAAGGGGAGAAAACCAGUUUUUUGUUGGAACUAUAAAAGCAGAUCUGUUUUAAAAAGUCCUCUAUUUUAGAUUGUUUGGAAACCAGCGAGACAGCUGCAUCCUCUGGGUCCCUGUAGCGUUUACUAGCAGGCAUAGUAUAACGGUGGAAAGCAAAUAAGGAGAGGUUUCCUGAACCAAAGAAGAGAGAAAAAAUAGAAAGUGCUGGGUUUGUUCAAUUUAAGAGCUUCUCUGUGUGGUGACUGCCAGGAGUGCCAGGAGCAAAAUAUAGAAGGGAGCUGGCGGUUAAUGGCUAGCAACUGGCGGCCUGCCCAGGACGCUUCACAGAACUUGCCCAAGGUGUUUCUCAUAGCAUAGACAAGAAGGUGCUGUUAGAAUCUCAGUAGGUUGGUAAGUUUAAAAGUAGAGAAGUAAGAAAAAGGAGAAAUUACUUCCCUGGGUAGCAAUCAACGCUAAUUACAGUCCUGUUAUCUGCGGAGCUCUGAAGCCUGCUUGCUAAGCCGUCGCCAUCUUCUCCCAAGUUUCUAGGUUUCUCACGGUUCUUGAGCUGGAGCCACGUUAAGCCUUCCAAUUGCUGUUUAGGUCCACUCCCCGUCUUGCUCAGGAUUCUGCCACCAGGUCCUUUGAUCUGCCAAAUCCUUCCACAGAUAUGAAUUUAUUUAUUUAUUUAUUGAAUUUGUAUUCCGCCUGAAGACCACAAGGCAGUUCACAACGCAGAAAUGCAAAAUGAGAACACUAAAUACGCAAUAGAACAAAUUGCGUGUGCAGCUUUUAUUUUCAUUUACUUUUAUCUAAGUAGGGGUAGAGGAUGGGAAUUUAAAAAAAACUUCUUAAGCAGAGUCACACCACUGGUCCAUGUAGCUUAGUGCUGCCUCCACUGGCUGGCAGCAGCUCUCCAGCACUUUCAGGCAGCUUAGAAUCCUAGAAUCGUAGGGUUGGAAGGGGAGCCUGGGGAUAUCUAGUCCAACUCCCUGCAAUCCAGGAAUAUAUCCAUACUUAGAGACGUUACAGAUAUUACUUUUAAAAGUGUUGUGAACUGCCCUGUGAUUUUCAGAUGAAGGGUGGUAUGCAAAUUUAAUAAGCAAGCAAAGAAAGAAAUAAGCAGUUAUCGGACUGUGCGGAAAUGGCAAAACUAAGAGACCAAAAUGACGAACUUUUUAUAGAAGAGUGGAGGCAUUUUUGGGGGCUGUCUGAAAAAGCAUUGUAGCCAGAUGAAAUCACGGGCGGAAUUCGAAAUACGAGCAGCGGAAGUAAAAUGAUAAAAUAACUCUAUUAGAGGGUGGAGGUUGUUUUUGGUAAAAGAUAAUGCGUUUGUUAUAUAAUUCAGCAGAAAAGGGGUUGAAUAAAAACACAGUGGAAGUCAAAACACAGUGGAGGUGGAAAUCCCUGAAACAAAGUUGUAAUUAUCUCAUCCGAAGCUAAUUUGAGAAAUUUUGGAAACUGAAUGGAAAAUUGUAUUGGGGGGGGGGAGCAGCUGUCCUGUAUGGGGAACAAACCUGCAACCUUUGUGUGUCCAGCUCUACCUUCAGAUGCCAUUGAGGGCUGGACCUGGGAUUGUUUGCAUGCAAGCUUUGGCCGUUCCCCUAAAACAAUCCCUCGCUUCCCCACUCCUGCUUCCUGGACUGUGCCGCUUGGCUGGUAGAUGCCGGACGCACCUGCAAGCAGCAGACUUCCCCCUGAAUUAGGGGCUCCAGCCUCCUUCCCAUUAAUUCUUCUUCUUUGUAGAUCACUCGUAGCCGAGUAAGAUUGUCUUCCAUAAACACGGUCUUAACAGUGGGUCCGUAAAUGUCUGUGGAGGCCAAUUCUGGACCCACACGUCUUUCCACAGUGGGGACAUUGGUUCCCGGGUGGGAGUUGAUCACUGUGAGGGUUUGCCAAGCGUGCCUUCCUCUUAGCACAUUUCUCCCUUGCGUCCUGAGUUUGAGCAUCUUCAAAGCCAUGGACAACUAUGGUAAAGGCUGUUCUCCAAUUGGAGCGCUCGCAGGCCAGUGUUUCAUAAUUGUUGGUGUUUAUAGAGGCUCCAGCCUGCUUCCCGUUUGUAAUACAGUCCCUGCCCCAAGCAGACAGAUCUGCUGCUGCCUAUGAACUUCAGCUUUGUGCAAAGUGUCCUCUGCCUGAAGUUUUUUUUGCCUGCAUCCCUCCUGUCCCUCUUGCAGGUGUCCAGAAGCCCCCCUCCUGCUGGGCCGUCCUGUGCCAAGAGCGCGUGACCGUCCUCCUCGUUGCCGUUGGCCAAGAGCUGUACCUGCUGGACAACACAACCUGCUCCCCGGUGGUGAGUGAGGGGGAUGCAGGGCUGGAUGGGACACCUCUUGUGGGAGCCCCCUGGACAUUCGCUCCUGCUGGACCAGUUCCUAGCCUGCUGCAUUGCCGCAGAGCUAUCUGUGGCUAGCCACAAUGGCUGUGCUCUGCUUCCUCAGUCAAUCAAUCAAUCAAUCAAUCAAUCAAUCAAUAUAUUGUGCAUAGCCUUUACAAAUACCAUUAGAAUGAACAGCAGAGGAAAAGAGCAAGGCUUUCCUCUGAAAUCAAACAACAUAACCUAUCAAAGUUUACCGGAGAAGUAAUUUACAGCAUGAAAUGGCUCAUGUUUUGUUAGCCCCAAAAUGGAAAUCGAGCGAGAUCCCAAUGCUUGGACUACUGCGCUCUACGUGGGGCUACCUUUGAAGGUGACUCGGAAACUGCAAUUAAUGCAGAAUGCAGCAGCUAGACUGGUGACUGGGAGUGGCUGCCGAGACCACAUAACACCGGUCCUGAAAGAUCUUCAUUGGCUCCCAGUACGUUUCCGAGCACAAUUCAAAGUGUUGGUGCAUGUAAGGAGUAAAUCAGCAGCUCCUCGUAGCCCUGCUGAAGGAAGUUUCCCUUCCUUCACCGCAGACCUUGCCUGGGCUGAGUCCUCACGCCGGCUCCUUUCUGCGGAUGGCAGUAUCCUUCAACUAUCGCUUCCUGGCACUCUUCACCGACACAGGAUACAUCUGGAUGGGGAAGUCCAACCUUAAGGUGAGCGCCAUGUCCAGAUUCUCCUUGGAUGCAGAGAGAUCCGUCAGACUGAAAGGCACUUCUCUGUGGGCCUCACUGCAGGAUUCCACCUUGGUCUUCUCCAGAAGGAUUAAGCUAGCCUCUCCCGCAACCAGGCGUCUUCUGGGUGUUUUGGAGCGCCUGUUGCUGAUGGGAGUUGUAGUUUGAACAUCUGCCGGGGCACCAGGUUGGGGUAGGGCUGGAUUCAGAUAAAGGGCGGUCCAGGAUAACACCUUGUGUCUGUUCCGUGAUUCCUUCUCUCUUUUCUGAAAGAGAAUCAACCUAAAAAGAAAGGGAACGGAUUUCCUAAGGGCUAGAAAGCCGCUCUUUUGGUUUUAAACGGGAGCUGAGAUUCUGCAUCUGAAAGCUGAGAUUCUGUGGCAUGCACACAGCCCCGCGGGUCUGCACAAUUCGAAGGAGGGCGUUUGCCUGUUGGCAGGCCUGCGUCUACUUCUUGUUUUCCAAACGGGGAUUCUGCAUCACAGCAGCCUAAAUUCUGCAUCCAAACUUCUUAGAAAACUCAGCCAUGGUAUUAACAUUAGCAAAACAACAACAACAAACCUCUGGUUACGUGAAACAUACUCAAUAAACACACAAGACGUAACCGGCUGUACUUUUGAAUAAAUAAAGUAUACUAUUCAUUGUAUCAAAUUGUAGAUUUCAACGGAAGUCUCAUAAAGUUCAACGAAAAAGCCGAAGACCCAGUGGAUCAGUUCAUUCUCUAGUCAGUUCAUGCAUAAGGUCCAUACAUGUAUAAAUGUCAAUUCUACCUGUCUGUUCAUAGAGUCCAAUAAUUGUUGUUAGUUGUUACAGUUGGGUUGUUACAGUUCCACAGAAUCCUUUCACAGAGUCUAAGACAAGGAUUUCCGGAAUAUUAGCCUUGUUUCACCAUCCUAGGCUUCAUCAGUAGAACAGACUCAAAUCAUUUAAGUGGAUUUUAACUUGCUUUAGUAAGUUGUCGGAAUCCUCUUUUGCAAUUUUCUGGCGUGUUUGAGGAAGUGGCUCACGUGCAGCGUACAAGGCAGCACAGAUACGUAAAAAGGGUCUCUCCUGAAAUCUGAGAAAUACUGUGAAGCUUCUGGCCUAUCCUUCCAGUGGUUAUGGUGUGGUUCCAUUUCCACAGCCCUUUCCUGCACGUAGCCCCACAGAGAGGGACAGCUGACCCAUUUCCCUUCCUCCCGUCCCUCAUCGCCCCUCUGCCUCUUCCCUCCGCAGGAAAAACUGGGCGAGUCCAUCUGCGAAUUUCGAGCUCCGCCAAAGCAGAUGGUCUGGUGAGUUCAGCAGGUCUCCUCCCCUUUUGUGCGAGGCUGGGGGACUUCCCAGCCUCGCGCAAUCUUAUAUUAUUGUCAUACCAUUUAUGUACCGCUUGAUGGUAAGGAAAAAAACCCCUCCUUUUUCUUUUAUCUGAUAGGUGCACCCGCUCUCGAAGCAAGCAGCGCGCCGUGGUGAUGGCGUGGGAACGGCGCCUCCUGGUGGCUGGGGACGCAGAGCAGUGCAUUCAGCAUCCUUGCGGGGAGAGGCGGGGUGGGGCUGGUGGGCUUAUUAUUCAGGGGAAAUAUUUCAGAGCCUUCUCCAAGGUAACAUUUGACUUCCUCCAUAUUUAUUUGCCUGCUUAAUUUAUAGGGCUGCCCCGUGGCAGAAGGGCUCUAGGGAGGCAGUGCGGUUUAGCGGUUAGAGCGCCGGGCUAGGACCUGGGAGAUCAGGGUUCAAAACGCGCCUGGCACCCGGCUAAUUUCUAAUACAGGUCCUGGGCGAGGCAAGCCUGUGGCUUCAUCUAACACAGGUCUUUUUUACACUGUUUGGUUCUGCUGGUUGUUUAGACGAGGGAGGGGGGGACGUGCUGUGGCUUGACUCCCAGCAUCCCUGGCCAUCUUGGCUUUUGGGGGUUGCAGUCCAGGAGCAUCUGGGGUGCCCCACGGAGUUCCCCAUCCAACGCCCCCCUGCGUCCUCCUUGGAUUCCUUAAUGCUGACCGCAGGUACCCUCUGGAUGAGGAGUCGUACCUCGUGCCGGAGCUCGAUGGCGUGAGGAUCUUCUCCCGUUCCACCCACGAAUUCCUCCACGAGAUCCCAGGUGAGUCUCCCCUUCAAUACUGGGCAAGCGGAGAGGACUAGAAACCUGCCGCCUCCUGUUUGAAAAGGGGAGCCUGGCUUGUUUUUUUCAGGGCCCCUCGCCGGGUUUGAGCAUCCUGGCCAAGAUUCUCACUUCUUGCUUCCGUUUCAGAGGCCAGCCAGGAAGUCUUCAAGAUUGCGUCCAUGGCGCCAGGAGCAUUGCUGCUGGAAGCUCAGAAGGAGUAUGAGGUGAGGGACACUUGGCGGGUGGGGAGGAGGAAGGGGCUGCCCUUCUCCCCCGCUUUGGUGUAGGACCGACUGGCUGGAAGAACUGUUGGAAUCUGCGCUCGGCCAAGCUGAUAAAGCUCAUUUUCCUCUGGCCGAGCCUCCGGAAUCGCCUCCGACGAUAAUUAACGACCUGAGCCUUUGAUGAGGCUCCAGGCACAUCCCAUUCAGCAGAGAAUCCAAAACAGCACGCGGAAGUGAUGAGAUUUAUGGCUACAUGCUAUGCUUUAUUUCUAAGCUACGCAGAGAGCAAAGAAAAAUAGAUCCUCUGUGAGAGCAGAGAGCAACUGAACAACAAAGGAACAGGAAACCACUAACGUCACAUCCCGUCUCCCGUGAGACUUCCAACAUCCUGGACUGUCUCUGGAAUGUAAACAGAGUCUUGUGACUCUAAGGCACUGCUCAGUGGCAAACAGAAACUAACAAGAGCAGCCAGGACCAGCUGGCAGCCUCAGGUGUAACUCUGUGCAUAACCUGGGGAAUUACAUUUCAUUUAUUACAUUUAUAUAUCACUUGCAUCUUCCAAGCAUGAGAUCCUUAAUCUCAGGGUUGUGGGUUCAAGCCCAAGCAAAAGAGUCUAACUUUGACUCAAGAAAAUCACCAUUUUAUAGUUCAAAUCGGGGAAAAUAAAUACAGUAAAUGGACAAAACUACAAAGUUUCACAAAAUGUUUAGUGGUAUGCGUAGCCCUGCAUCCCCCCAGAAAAAAAAGCACUGUCCAUUGGGAUUUCAGCACCUAAAAUUCCUAAAAGAAAGGCUUCGGGGUUUUUUUUUAGAAAAAAAUAUUUUAAACAUUUAUUUCAAUUGAUUAUAUAUCAUUUCCCAAAAUGGUAAUAGUUUCAAUCCUGUUGCUUAAUAAUAAUAAUUUUUUAUUUAUACCUCUCCCUUCCUGGUUCAGAAAACCAGGCUCAGGGCGGCUAACAACAAAUUUAAAAGACUUAAUUGAUGCAACAAAAAACAGCAUAAAAUACAGUAUAAAACGUGAAUAACAAUAAAUACAGAAUUCUAAAAUCAAUUUAGGGGGAAAAUCCAUCCAAUAAACAUUAGAUGAUCACCAGGGCUAGCUGGCUCAAUUAGUCCUAUCUGGGCCAGCGAGGAGACCAGGGGAGAAUUAGCUGUGGGAUCCUAAAAAGGGGAGGGGGAGGGAAGGAAGGGGAAUAAAAUAUCAGGCUAAGUUCAAAUGGAAAGCCAGGCGGAAUAGCUCUGUCUUACAGGCCCUGCGGAAGGAGAUUAAAUCCAGCAGGGCCCUGGUCUCCUGGGACAGAGCAUUCCACCAGGUUGGAGCCAUCACGGAGAAGGCCCUGGCCCUGGUGGAGGAUAGUCUGACUUCCUUAGGGCCUCUAAACUAUGGUUAUUCAUGGACCUUAAGGUCCUCUGCAGGGCAGACCAGGAGAGGCGGUCCCAUAAAUAUGAGGGCCCUAAGCCACAAAGGGCUUAUUACUGCUAAGCUUCCUGUUCCGGUCACCAUCGGCAGGUUGGGUGGCAUAUAAGUUUAAUAAACAAUGGGCAUGGGCGAAGGAGGCACUCUUGAAGAGAUCUGGUACCCACAGCCUGCAAGGGCUUUAAGGCUUCUCGUUUCCCCCCCCCUUCCUCCUCCUUGCCCCUCCUCAGAAAGAGAGCCAGAAGGCCGAUGAAUACCUGCGGGAGAUCAAGGACCAGAAUCUGCUCCCGGAGGCCGUAGAGCAAUGCAUCAGGGCGGCCAGCUAUGAGCACGAGCCUGAGAUCCAGAAAUCUCUCCUUCGGGUGAGUAUUGAAAGGCAGAACCCGCUGCUUGUUUUGGGGGUGGGCACGGCCCCCUUGCAAAGAGAGCUCAGGUGUGGCAGAUUGGGAGUGGCUGAUUCCUGACCUGUGUGCUGUAAGAGGUUAAACACACCUGAGCUACUAAAAAAACACCCCUUGCAUUUCUGCCCACAGAAGACUCUCUGUGAAUGAAUGAAUGACUGACUGACUGAAUGAUAAUAAUAAAUUUUAUUUAUACCCUGCCCUCCCCAGCCAAGACAUAGCUGUCAACCUUCCCUUUUUUGGGGGGAAAUUCCCUUAUUCCAGCACCAUUUCUUGCUGCUAUCCUGGAUUGUUAGAUAUCCCGUAGACUGUCCCCGGGAUAAUAGAUGAACAAGGAAGAUUCAUAGCAAUUGAAAUUCAAGUACAAGGAGAAAAAUUUUUGAUAGUAGGUGUAUAUGCACCAAAUGAGGGGAAAUCUAUAUUCUACAAAAAGUUGCAUGAGACCUUGAUGGACUAUAUGGACUAUAAUACUGUUUUCAUGGGAGAUAUGAAUGGGGUGGUUUCUACAAAUAUGGACAAGUCACAAAGAGAGGUAGUUACUAAAGAUGGUAGACUACCGAAAACAUUUUUUGAACUAACUGACAAUAUGGAUUUGAUUGACAUUUGGAGAACUAAGAACCCCCUUGAUAGAGAAGGAACCUUUUUUUCUGAAGCCCAGAAGACAUGGACAAGAAUUGACCAAAUCUGGACUACUAGAGGACUGGCACCCAAGGUUAAGAAGGUAGAGAUCUGCCCAAAAACAUGCUCCGACCAUAACGCCGUGAGAAUGGAGAUGAAGUUAACACCUAUUGGUUCCUUCCGAUGGAGGAUGAAUGACACCUUGUUUAGAGAUCAAGAGGUGAUUAAGAAGGCCCAAAAGACAUUGAGGGACUAUUUUGAGAUAAACUUGAAUACAACUGUAGAAAAAAGAGUAAUCUGGGAUGCAAGCAAAGCUGUUAUGAGGGGCUUCCUGAUUCAACAGAAUUCAAUUAAGAAGAAGGCCCAAAACGUAAAGAAAGAAAAAUUUUUGGAAAAAAUAAAGGAGGGCGAGAAGAAAUUGAGAGUGAAGCCCAACUCACAAGAGAUUCUGAGGGAAAUAAAAUUGUACCAAGUGCAAUAUAUGAAAUUGAUAAAUCAAGAAGUGGAAUGGAAAAUUAAGCAAAUGAGACAAAAGACUUUUGAAUCGGCAAAUAAAUGUGGGAAACUGCUGGCCUGGCAGUUGAAGAAGCGACAAAAACUUAAUACUAUUACUAAUUUGGAAGUGGAAGGGAAAAAUAUCCAGAAUCCAGAAGAAAUUAGGAAAUGCUUCCAGAGAUAUUUUAAACGACUAUACACACAAGGGCCUCAGAAAGAAUUUGAGAUAGAGCAAUUUUUGAAAACCAAUGGAUUACAAAAAUUUCUCAGGACAACAAGAUAUUGUUGAACUAUAAAAUUACAGAACAGGAGGUUGAAGGUGCCAUUCAGAAUAUGCAGUUGGGAAAAUCUCCAGGACCGGAUGGUUUAACCUCAAAAUAUUACAGAACUUUGAAAGACUGGUUAAUUCGACCUUUAACUGAGGUUUGUAAUGAAAUUUUAGAGGGGAAAAGAGCGCCAGAGUCGUGGAAAGACGCAUUUAUUACACUUAUACCAAAGGCUGAGACUGAAAAGACACAGCUUAAGAACUACCGGCCCAUAUCCCUGUUAAAUGUGGAUUACAAAAUUUUUGCUGAUAUUUUAGCAAAAAGGCUUAAAAAGUGUUAAAAGGAGUGAUUCACAAGGACCAAGCUGGCUUUCUUCCAGAUAGACAUCUUUCGGACAACACAAGGAACGUAAUUGAUAUUCUGGAGAAGCUGCAAGAGGAGAUCAACACUAAAGCAGUUUUGAUUUUUGUGGAUGCAGAGAAAGCCUUUGACAAUAUUUCUUGGAGUUUUAUGAAAAAAAUCUUCAGGGGAUGGGGGUAGGCCAAGAGUUUGAAAAUGGUAUAAAUGCAAUUUAUUCAGAACAAAAAGCUAAAUUAAUAGUUAAUAAUGUGAUAACAGAGGAAAUUAAGAUAGAGAAAGGGACACGACAAGGCUGCCCAAUUUCCCCACUACUUUUUAUUUCUGUUCUGGAGGUUUUGUUAAAUAUGAUAAGAAGGGACCAUCUGAUUAAGGGCAUAACGGUCGGAGCGAAACAAUAUAAACUGAAAGCAUUUGCAGAUGACCUUGUACUGACAUUACAGGAGCCAGAAUCUAGUACGAAAAGAGCAUUAGAACUGAUUCAAGAGUUUGGUCAGGUGGCAGGUUUUAAGCUGAAUAAGUUUAAAACUAAAGUACUUGAGAAGAAUUUAACACCGAUAGAAAAAGAGAGGUUUCAGAAUGAGACAGGUUUAACAGUGGUAAAAAAGUGAAAUAUUUGGGGAUUCACAUGACAGCUAAAAAUGGGAAUUUAUUUAAAGACAAUUAUGAAAAGUGUUGGUCGGACAUUAAAAAGAUUUAGAAAUAUGGACAAACUUGAAGCUUUCCUUGUUAGGUCGAAUUGCUGUCAUCAAGAUGAAUGUAUUGCCAAGAAUGCUGUUUUUGUUUCAAUCGAUACAAAUAAUAGACAAAAUGGACUGUUUUAAGAAGUGGCAGAGAGAUAUUUCUAAGUUUGUCUGGCAGGGCAAGAGGCCUAGGAUAAAAUUUAAAAUAUUGACUGAUGCUAAAGAAAGAGGGGAUUUGCCCUGCCAGACCUUAAACUUUAUUAUGAAUCAGCAGCUUUCUGCUGGUUGAAGGAUUGGCUACUUCUGGAAAAUACUGAUGUUUUGGACUUAGAAGGAUUUAAUAAUGUGUUUGGGUGGCAUGCAUAUUUGUGGUAUGACAAGGUGAAAGCUCACAAAAUAUUUAAAAACCAUAUUGUCAGGAAAGCAUUGUUUAAUGUCUGGAUAAGAUACAAAGACUUAUUGGAGAACAAAACCCCAAGGUGGCUAUCACCAAUGGAGGCAAAGGCCCUAAAAAAGUCCAAUAUGGAGGCCAAGUGGCCAAAAUAUUGGGAGAUCUUGGAACAAGAAGGAGAUAAAUUCAAAUUGCAGAGUUUUGAAAAAUUAAAAGACAGAGUGCGAGACUGGUUGCAUUACUACCAAAUAAGAGAGGUUUAUAAUUUGGAUAGAAAAAUUGGCUUCCAGGUGGAAAAAUCAAAGUUGGAAACAGAACUGCUAGAUUCCAAAACUAAAACACUUUCAAGAAUGUAUAACUUGCUGCUAAAAUGGAAUACUCAGGAUGAAACGGUAAAAUCUGCUAUGAUUAAAUGGGCACAGGAUAUUGGACAUAACAUUAUGUUUGCUGACUGGGAAUGGUUAUGGACCACAGGUACGAAGUUCACAGCAUGUAAUGCUUUAAAAGAGAAUAUUAUGAAAAUGGUGUACAGGUGGUACAUGACCCCAGUUAAGCUUGCAAAAAUCUACCAUUUGCCCGAUAAUAAAUGUUGGAAAUGUAAGGAAACUGAAGGUACAUUCUUUCACCUUUGGUGGACGUGCCCAAAGAUUAAGGCCUUCUGGGAAAUGAUAUAUAAUGAGUUGAAAAAGGUAUUUAAGUAUACCUUCUUAAAGAAACCAGAGGCCUUCCUCUUGGGCAUUGUUGGCCAAUUGGUGCCAAAGAAAGAUAGAACUUUCUUUAUGUAUGCAACAGCAGCAGCAAGAAUACUCAUCGCAAAGUAUUGGAAGACACAAGACUUACCCACUCUGGAAGAAUGGCAGAUGAAGGUAAUCGAAUAUAUGGAACUGGCGGAGAUGACUGGCAGAAUCCGUGACCAGGGAGAAGAGUCGGUGGAAGAAGAUUGGAAGAAAUUUAAAGUCUAUCUACAGAAAUACUAUAAAAUCAAUGAAUGUUAAAUUGAAGUCUGAUUGAAAAUAACUGGUAUUGGCAAAAGCCUUGGGAUUAAGAGUAUGGAAUAUUUGACUGAUAAGGUUGUAAAAAUAUUUAUAUAUAAAUAGAUUAAGUUUUCUGAGUUAAGAUAAUGAAAGGAGGGUAAGGAUUUGCUGAAAGGAGUUCUUAAAUGGAAAUACAAGCGGGGAGGUGCGGGGAAGUCAAAGAACCAGGUAAAGAUAAGAAGGAUAAAUGAAAGUAUAAUAUUCUUUGAAUUUCUUUGUCUCUUUUUCCUUUUUUCCUUUUUCUCUUUUUGUUAUGGAUACUGUUAUUUCUGUUUGUUUUUUGUCAUGGUUAUUGUUGUUUUUUGUUUGUUGAACUUUUGAUAAUAAUAAUAAUAAUAAUAAUAAUAAUAAUAAUAAUAAUAAUAAUUUAUUAUUCAUACUCUUCCCAUCUGGCUGUGUUUCCCCAGCCACUCUGGGCCGCUCCCAAUCGAGUGUUAAAAGCAAUACAGCAUUAAAUUAUAAAUUAUAUAUUUAACCCUUUCUCUCUCUCCUGCCCCAUGCCUCCAGGCGGCCUCCUUUGGGAAAUGCUUCAUUGACAAGUUCCCGCCUGAGCGUUUCGUGGAGACCUGCAGGGAUCUGCGAGUGCUCAACGCCAUCCGGGAUUACCAGAUCGGGAUCCCCCUCAGCUUUGACCAGUAUCCUAGAGACACAGUAGUAGCUCAGUCGGUAUCAAUCAAUCAGUUUUAUUGUUUGUAGCCAAUGGCUGUUACAAUGCAAUGUGAACACAAAUCGCACAGCUGUAAAAAGGGGUUGGGGGGUUGGGAGCGCAUUGCAUAUAUCGGAACAAGGCAAAUCUACAACGUCAGCUCUUAAUCUCAGGGUCGUGGGUUCGAGUUCCGCGUUACGCCAAAGGUUCCUGCAUCGCAGGGGGUUGGACUAGAUGGCCCUUGAUGGACCCUUAAAGGUAAAGGUAAAGGGGACCCCUGACCAUUAGGUGGCCGACUCUGGGGUUGCAAUGCUCAUCUCGCUUUAUUGGCCGAGAAAGCUGACAUUUGUUCACAGAUAGCUUCUGGGUCAUGUGGCCAGCAUGACAAAGCCACUUGUGGGUAGUGUGGGGUCAGCGGAUCCCCUGACUGCUAGGUCCAGUCGUGGCCGACUCUGGGGUUGCGGCGCUCAUCUCGCUUUAUUGGCCGAGGGAGCCGGUGUACAGCUUCCAGGUCAUGUGGCCAGCAGGACUCAGCCUCUUCUGGCGAACCAGAGCAGCGCACGGAAACUCCGUUUACCUUCCUGCCAGAGCGGUACCUAUUUAUCUACUUGCACUUUGACGUGCUUUCGAACUGCUAGGUGGGCAGGAGCAGGGACCGAGCAAUGGGAGCUCACCCUGUUGCAGGGAUUCGAACCGCUGACCUUCUGAUCGGCAAGUCCUAGGCUCUGUGGUUUAACCCACAGCGCCACCCGCGUCCCUGGUGAUCCGUUACAAUCCUACAAUUCUGUGAUUCUAAACUGCAAAUUUUGUUGCGGUUGGCGCAUGCACAAGGGCCUUUUCCUUGACGGUUGCUGCAGAUACACACAGGUCACCACGGAAGUUUUGCUGGACAGGUAAGGACCACACACACACACACACACACACACACACACUCACUGAUCCCACUUCCUUGCUUGGCUGAGUUGCAUCUCUUGGGCUGUUUGGGAGGGAAAACUAGGUGGGAGAAGAGGAAGAUUCUAGGAUGCUUCUCUUUGACCCAGAUAAAACAACACAAGUUAGGCCAACAGACCAAACAUGGAGUUGUGGACACGAUUCUGGGUGUGUGGGUCUGAGAUGGAGCCGAAGAGCAAGGGAGGCAUCUGCGAUUCAGUGCAUGGAAAAUCUAGCCGUGGAUCUGGGUUCAAGUCCUGCUCUUUGCCAAGCUGGUUGUUGCUUAUUCAAAAGUUGGGUGGGUAUGUUUGUUUUUUUGCUCAGUUUCUUCAACCAGGGCGGCUUGGGAAUAAUGGAUAAAGGUGUUCCCUGCCCAAAAUCAGGGCGUGAUAGGCAGGAGCUGCUUCCCUUAGCGGUCAAAGAUGGAGAAUAUCUUGGGGCCAAAUGUAUACUCCUGACGUUGGAGGCUUUAUUCUGGCUCAUGGACAGAACUCUCCUCCGUAAGGAAUAAGGAAUACAGAGGCGUGACUAGUUCUCCUAUCUUUUGCACCCUAAGGCUGGUUCUGCGGAGACUUUACCCCAUCGCUAUCAAAAUCUGCGAGUACCUGCGUCUCUCCGAGUUCCAAGGGAUUAGCCGCAUAUUGGCGCACUGGGCCUGCUACAAGGUAUGAACGUUUCACCCGUAAAUCUGGAUCGCUUUAUGUUCCCUCUGCCACCACCAUCUGCCGAAGCCUGAAAUCUUCCAGCAGCGUCUCACAUACAUACAAACCUGCAUAAUUUUAUUUAUAUGCCGCCUUUCCACAGUUCAAGCCAUGCUCAAGGCGGAACACAUCAUGAAAAAAUACAUCACUACAACAUCACAAAAGUAGCCACCAAUAGUAAACACAAAAAUACAAAACCAAACUGAACAAUUUCCACAUACAGUGGUGCCCCGCAAGACGAAUGCCUCGCAAGACGGAAAACCCGCUAGACGAAAGGGUUUUCCGUUUUUGAGUUGCUUCGCAGGACGAAUUUCCCUAUGGGCUUGCUUCGCAAGACGAAAAUGUCUUGCAAGUCUAGAGAUUUUUUUUUCGCUUUUCCCCCCCUUUAUCUAAUCUGCUAAGCCUUUAAUAGCCUUUAAUAGCCUUUUAGCAGCUAAUCCCCUAAGCCUUUAAGCCUUUAAUAGCCGCUAAACCGCUAAUAGCGCUAAUCCGUUAAGCCGCUAAUAGGGUUGCUUCGCAAGACGAAGAAACCGCUAGACGAAGACUCUCGCGGAACGGAUUAAUUUCGUCUUGCGAGGCACCACUGUACAGUCGUACCUUGGUUCUCGAACACCUUGCGACUCGAAUGUUUUGGCUCCCAAAUGCCGCAAACUCGGAAGUGAGUGUUUUCCAGUUUGCAAACGUUUUUUGGAAGCCAAAUGUCCAAUGCAGCUUCCGAUUUAGUGCAGGUAGCUCCUGCAGCCAAUCGGAAGCCGCGCCUUGGUUUCUGAAUGUUUUCGGAAGUCAAACGGACUUCCAGAACAGAUUCCAUUUGAGAACCAAGGUACGACUGUACAGUGGUACCUUGGUUCUCAAAACUAAUCUGUUCCGGAAGUCCGUUCCAAAACCAAAGCAUUCCAAAACCAAGGCGCGCUUUCCCAUAGAAAGUAAUGCAAAAUGGAUUAAUCCGUUUCAGACUUUUAAAAACAGCCCCUAAAACCACAAUUUAACAUGAAUUUCACUAUCUAACGAGACCAUUGAUCCAUAAAACAAAAGCAAUAAUCAAUGUACUGUACUAUAAAAUAAAUAAGACAUUGUAGAUGAUAAAAAUUAAAAUUAUAUUUUUUUCUUACCUGCACUGAUGAUACUCAUUGAUGGGAGGCUUUUAUCCAUUUCCGUGGUCACACAAUCAAUCAGUAGCUGAACUGGGCUCCACACAGUCACAAAAACAAAUUAACCAAAAAAGACUCAAAAACAAAAACGCAAAAUAAAUAGCAAAAACAAAAGCGCCAAACUUAAUCCGUUCCAGAAGUCUGUUUGACUUCCGAAAUGUUUGAAAACCAAGGCACAGCUUCCGAUUGGUGCAGGCGCCCCGGAAACAAUAGCUGACAGCCGGUUCGGACGUUCGGCUUCUGAAAAACGUUCGAAAACCGGAACACCCUGUGGAACACCCUCCCACCAGAUGUCAAAGAGAAAAACAACUACCAGACUUUUGGAAGACAUCUGAAGGCAGCCCUGUUUAGGGAAGCUUUCAAUGUUUAAUAGAUUAUUGUAUUUUAAUAUUCUGUUGGAAGCUGCCCAGAGUGGCUGGGUAUAAAUAAUAAAUUAUUAUUAUUAUUAUUAUCUACAAUAUCUUGCUGUUCUUGCUGUGUUUUCCUAGAAGAUUAGUGUGCAUAAUACCAGCUGGUUUAUGUUGUUGAGCGCACUGGAGGAUGCUCAGUGUUGUGGAGGAUUGCAUGCUCACCCCCAGGCCGUUUCCCCAACAACUUUCACUCUGCAACAUUUGGAGAAUACUGAAGACGCAGCUCUUUUUCCAGACUUGGGAUGUAUAUUUCCCCCUUCUUUCUGAGACUGCAUGUUGCUUUAAAACUGUUUCUAGCGUUAUUGUAGCCCAUCCUUCACAAUAAUAAUAAUAAUGGUAUUAAUACACUGUGUGUUUCCCAAAUUCCCAGGUACAGCAGAAAGACAAAUCUGAUGAGGAGGUAGCUCAGGCCAUCAACCAGAAACUGGGCGAUACCCCGGGCAUCUCGUACUCGGAGAUCGCUGCCCGGGCGUACGAAUGCGGCCGGGCAGAGCUGGCCAUUAAGGUACGAGAGCAGGUGGGCUGGCUGAGGUUGGGUGAGUUCUGAUGAAGCAAGUAAAAUUUUAAAUGGUACCCACUUAAAAUGAAAUAAAGGAUAGACAGACGCAGCAACCUGGAGAAAAUGAAGGUGAGGUUUAUUGCUGAGCAAUAAUGGACCCAGUUGGAAUCCUUUCCAAAAGACUGGGACCCCGAAGCAUUCAAGUUCUGAGGGUAAAUACCUGUGCGCAUCACAGAUCAUGAGACCAUCAUGAGACAAUCACGAACGGCAGCGAAAAAUAACCAAUUAGUGCGCUUUCUGCCAUGCUCCUGGCUGUGCACAGAGUUCACUCCCAACUUCUGCUUUCUUGUCUGUACCGUCUGACCUUUUCCCUAGUGGAUGGAACAGGGAAAAGAGGAGGGGAUCUCCUGGCGCUAACUCCCCUGUGCAUCUGUUCAUGUAGGGGAGUAUUGUGGUCAGCCCUUCCUGUUUUGUGUACACAAUUAGUCUGGAGCUGAGGGGGAGAUUUGUACCAGCGUCUUCUGAUUUAUGGCUUCCCCUUUCUCUAGGGUGUAAAAUGCACUGGGGGAAAGGUCGGUUUCUGACUUGCGGUUUCAAGCAGUUUUGCAGUUAGUCUAGGCAAAAGGCUUUUUUUUGAUUCAAAUGGAUUAUAAAAAUCAUUGUAAGCCCUGAUUAUAUGUGUGCAUAUGUGAAUAUAUUGAUAACUGAUGACUGAUUAUAUGAAUAGCAAGGGUAACCCUCCUUUCCUUGCUUUACUGAGGCUCAGCUACACCUUGGUAAACCGUGGUGCAUUGUGGGAUAGGAACCGAGUGAGAGGCCAGUGUUGGAUUUGUAAGAUCUGCUCUGGGUGCUGACUCGUCUCUUAGCAUUCACAGAACCGUACAGUUGAAAGGGACCCCCGGCGAGUAAUCUAGUCCGACCCCCCGCAAUACAGGAAUCUCAGGAUCUUGGAUCUCUCUCAACAGCCACACCACUGUGAUGUUCAAGACAUCACAGUGGUAUCUGAAGAAGUGUGCAUGCACACGAAAGCUCAUACCAAUAACAAACUUAGUUGGUCUCUAAGGUGCUACUGGAAGGAGUUUUUUAAUUUUACGAUACGAUAAUCUUUAUUGUCAUUGUCCGAUAAAAAGGUAAAGGGACCCCUGACCAUUAGGUCCAGUCGUGACCGACUCUGGGGUUCCGGCGCUCAUCUUGCUUUAUUGGCCGAGGGAGCCGGCGUCCAGCUUCUGGGUCAUGUGGUCAGCAUGGCGAACCAGAGCAGCGCACGGAAACGCCGUUUACCUUCCCGCCGGAGUUGUACCUGUUUAUCUACUUGCACUUUGACAUGCUUUCAAACUGCUUGGUUGGCAGCAGCAGGGACCGAGCAACGGGAGCUCACUCCGUCGCGGGGAUUCGAACCGCCGACCUUCUGAUCGGCAAGUCCUAGGCUCUGUGGUUUAGCCCACAGCACCACCUGCGUCCCUUUCAUUGUCCCAUACAGAACAACAAAAUUGAAAAAAUCUACAUCAGAGAUUCAAAAACCCACAAGCCUGCUAUCCCAACUAUCCCAGCCUGGCUAGCCCCUAAAAACUCUGAUACCCCAUAAUUGAAUACAAUAUACUCCCAUAGAGACUCCUGAUACUGCGUUUAAAACCAGAAUUGCAUUUGGGUAGAAACUGUUUCUCAGGCGGCUAGUCCUAGUCUUUAUAACCCUGUACCUUCUUCCAGAAGGCAGAAGAUGAAAGAGAUCAUUUCCGGGGUGCGCACUAUCCUUCACUAUCUCUGCAGCUUUCUUAUGACACCUGGAAACAUAGACUUGAUCCAAGGUGGGAAGAGUGCACCCAAUUAUUCUCUCCGCAGUCUUUACAACCCUGGACAGCAUUGUUUUUCCCCUGACCGUGCAGCUCCCAAAACACACACACAGGCCAUAAGUUAAUACACUCUCAACAGUACAAUGGUAAAAUGCCAUCAACAGGUCCUUUGAGAGAUUAUUUUUCUGGAGGAUUCUCAGAAAAUUACAACUACGGCAGACAAAUGUGGCUACCUACCUGCAUCAUGUUCAAGACAGUUUUCCCUGGUCAGAAUGACAGACGUCCCCGAGGAACCCACAAAAGUGGAGUCCGCGCGCCUAUUGAUUAGGUGGCUGUUCGGCACCUUGGCUGUUGUCUGCCUAAUACCGGUUUCUGGAAACGGCAGGAAGGGAUAUAUAAUAAUAAAACUAAUUUAUUAUUUAUACUCCGCCCAUCUGGCUGGGUUUCCCCAGCCACUCUGGACGGCUCCCAACAGAAUAUUAAAAACAUGACAAAAGAUCAGACAUUAAAAACUUCCCUAAACAGGGCUGCCUUCAGAUGUCUUCUAAAAUACAGUGGUACCUCAGGUUAAGAACUUAAUUCGUUCUAGAGGUCCAUUCUUAACCUGAAACUGUUCUUAACCUGAGGUACCACUUUAGCUAAUGGGGCCUCCCACUGCUGCCACACGAUUUCUGUUCUCAUCCUGGGGCAAAGUUCUUAACUUGAGGUACUAUUUCUGGGUUAGCGGAGUCUGUAACCUUAAGCGUCUGUAACCUGAGGUACCACUGUAGUUAUUUAUCUCCUUGACAUCUGAUGGGAGGGCAUUCCACAGGGUGGGUGCCACCACCGAGAAGGCCCUCUACCUGGUUCCCUGUAACCUCACUUCUCACAGGGAGGGAAGCGCCAGAAGGCCCUCGGCGCUAGACCUCAGUGUCCAGGCUGAACGAUGGGGGUGGAGACACUCCUUCAAGCAUACAGGGCCAAGGCCAUUUCCGACUUUAAAGAUCAGCACCAGCACUUUGAAUUGUGCUCGGAAACGUACUGGGAGACAAUGUAGGUCUUUCAGGACUGGUGUUAUGUGGUCUCGGCAGCCGCCCCCAGUCACCAGUCUAGCUGCCGCAUUGCUUUUGUGAGAGUUGCUCUUGUGCUCAGAUCCUGCUUGCUGGUUUCCCACAGAAAACUGUUCAGGCCCUGUGAGAAUAGGAUGCUGGACUAGGUGACCAUUGGCCUGAUCCUGCAAGCUCUCCUCAUAUACUUACAGGCUUAUUAUAUAGAUGCAUUCCUUCGCCUUAGCUUUACACAUGCAUGGAAAAUCAAGUCCUGUUCCCUGUGAGGUCAGUUAGGCUGAGAGGCUCAAGGCCACCCAGUGAACUUCAUGGCUGAGCGAGGAUUCGAACCCAGCUCUCUCCUGGGUCCUAGUCCGAUACUGUAACCUCCACGGCACACUGGCAGGUGGGGCUGGUUGCCUCCACGCCAUUUCUGCCUCUUGCAACUGCUAGUAGCCAUUCUGGUCCCCUAAAUGUUAGUUGCCUUUAGCUGAGAUUCCUGCAUUCUCCGGGGCUGGACUAGAUUGACUCUGGGGGUCCCUUCCUAUGAUAUACCGAACCCAAAGGGUGCUCAUCAAUGGUUCCUCUUCAUCCUGGAGAAGAGUGACUAGUGGGGUGCCACAGGGUUCUGUCUUGGGCCCGGUCUUAUUCAACAUCUUUAUCAACUACUUGGAUGAUGGACUCAAGGGCAUCCUGAUCAAAUUUGCAGAUGACACCAAAUUGGGAGGAGUGGCUAACACCCCAGAGGACAGGAUCACACUUCAAAAUGACCUUGACAGAUUAGAGAACUGGGCAAAAACAAACAAGAUGAAUUUUAACAGGAGAAAUGUAAAGUAUUGCACUUGGGCAAAAAAUGAGAGGCACAAAUACAAGAUGGGGACACCUGGCUUGAGAGCAGUACAUGUGAAAAGGAUCUAGGAGUCUUGGUUGACCACAAACUUGACAUGAGCCAACAGUGUGACGCGGCAGCCAAAAAGCCAAUGCAAUUCUGGGCUGCAUCAAUAGGAGUAUAGCAUCUAGAUCAAGGGAAGUAAUAGUGCCACUGUAUUCUGCUCUGGUCAGACCUCACCUGGAGUACUGUGUCCAGUUCUGGGCACCACAGUUCAAGAAGGACAUUGACAAACUGGAACGUGUCCAGAGGAGGGCAACCAAAAUGGUCAAAGGCCUGGAAACGAUGCCUUAUGAGGAACGGCUAAGGGAGCUGGGCAUGUUUAGCCUGGAGAAGAGGAGGUUAAGGGGUGAUAUGAUAGCCAUGUUCAAAUAUAUAAAGGAUGUCACAUAGAGGAGGGAGAAAGGUUGUUUUCUGCUGCUCCAGAGAAGCGGACAUGGAGCAAUGGAUCCAAACUACAAGAAAGAAGAUUCCACCUAAACAUUAGGAAGAACUUCCUGACAGUAAGAGCUGUUCGACAGUGGAAUUUGCUGCCAGGGAGUGUGGUGGAGUCUCCUUCUUUGGAGGUCUUUAAGCAGAGGCUUGACAACCAUAUGUCAGGAGUGCUCUGAUGGUGUUUCCUGCUUGGCAGGGGGUUGGACUCGAUGGCCCUUGUGGUCUCUUCCAACUCUAUGAUUCUAUGAUUCUGUGAUUCUACGAAGUCUAUGAAAUAAUAUUGCAAUGCAGUGCAACGCUCGUUGACCCCGCGGUGCCAUUGUGUUUGCUUGCAGCUGCUGGAAUACGAGCCCCGCUCUGGGAAGCAGGUUCCUCUGCUGCUGAAGAUGAAGAGUAGCCAGCUGGCGCUUAGCAAGGCCAUCGAGAGCGGAGACACCGACUUGGGUAAAGCAGAGACGCACUUUCCCUGUCUUGCCUGCCUCCCUGCCUCACCGCGAAGAGCAGUACAGUGGCACCACUGCACCUGAUGUUUUCAUCCCCCAAAAAGUUUUUGAUUUGAGUUUCCAUUGAAAUGAGGCUGCAUUUUAAUGUUUUAAUGUUGUAUUUUAAUCUUGUUUUUAAGUUGUAUUUCAAUCAAUUGGUUUUUAUAUCGGUUGUUAGCCGCCCUGAGCCUGGUCUUGGCUGGGGAGGGCGGGGUAUAAAUUAAUUUUAUUAUUAUUAUUAUUAGUAGUAGUAGUAGUAGUAGUACCUUGGGUUAAGAACUUAAUUCAUUCUGGUGGUCCGUUAUUAACCUGAAACUGUUCUUAACCUGAGAUACCACUUUAGCUAAUGGGGCCUCCUGCUGCCGCCAUGCGAUUUCUGUUCUCAUCCUGCAGUAAAGUUCUUAACCUGAGGUACUAUUUCUGGGUUAGCGGAGUCUGUAACCUGAAGCAUCUGUAACCUGAGGUACCACUAUACCUGUGGCAGGGGACACUUUGUGCUCCUUCCAGGCUAAUUAACAAUAACAGCAACAGCAACAACAACAACAUAUUAUACCCUGCCCAUCUGGCCGGACCUCCCCAGCCACUCUGAGCAGCUCCCAACAGAAUAUUAAAAACACAAUAAAACAUCAAACAUUUAAAACUUCCCUAAACAGGGCUGCCUUCAGAUGUCUUCUAAAAGUCAGAUAGUUGUUUAUUUCCUUGACAUCUGCUGGGAGGGCGUUCCACAGGGCAGGCGCCACUACCGAGAAGGCCCUCUGCCUGGUUCCCUGUAACUUGGCUUCUCACAGUGAGGGAACUUCCAGAAGGCCCUCAGAGCUGGACCUCAGCGUCCGGGCUGAACGAUGGGGGUGGAGACGCUCCUUCAGGUAUACUGGGCUUUAAGAGGCUUUAAAGGUCAGCACCAACACUUUGAAUUGUCCUUGGAAAUGUACUGGGAGUCAAUGUAGGUCUUUCAGGACCAGUGUUAUAUGGUCUUGGCGGCCACUCCCAGUCACCAAUCUAGCUGCCGUAUUCUGGAUUAGUUGCAGUUUCCAGGUGACCUUCAAAGGUUUGACAAUCUUUGGUCCUCAUCCUGCACCUGUGGCUCCCAGAAGCUUUUGGCGUGCUCAGAGAGUCCCUUGGUUAGGUUCUGUGAAUUGGGUAUAAUAUCGCUCAAGGCGGUCUUUGCUUCAGGGCUCAUUGCUCUCCAUCUAACCAGCCUCUCUCUUCUUCAUUCCCAGUUUACACGGUCGUCUUGCACCUGAAGAACGAGCUGAACCGCGGCGCCUUCUUCAUGACUCUGCAGAACCAGCCGGUGGCUUUGAGCCUCUAUCGCCAGGUGAAGUUUUGAGGCACACCUGCUGUAGGGGGCGGUGGCAUGCGGAUGCAUUUGCAGGUGUGCCUGGAGGGCUGAAUUCGGCUGUGAAACACGUCUCAGGCCCUCCUGCGAGACUAAGGAAAGGGAGAGGUCAGGAAGCCGAGAAGGAUCGGUGCCGCAGGUCAGGGGCAGAGCACAGAAUUUGCAGGAAUUGACAGUGCAGGAUUCAACCCCCCAGGCUCUGCAUUUAAACGUGAGGGCCGGAAGACGCCUGUGAGGGGCCGGAUACGCUGGCCACCCCUGUCGGGUUGCUGAUCUAGGAAGAGGUUAAUAAUAAUAAUAAUUUAUUAUAUAUACUCCACCCAUCUGGCUGGGGUUCCCAAGCCACCCUAGGCUGCUUAAAGCAUACCUAAAAACAUAAUAAAAAUAUUACUGGUCGUCUUAAUGUUGAGGAUGAUAGCAGGAAAAAACAUGCAGAGCUACUUUGAUUUUCAGAGAUUUUGUCGUUUUAAUAUUGUAGUGUUUUUUCCUCAUCCUUGCCGGACAACUUGAGGCUUCAGCGGCAUGGCAGUUUACAAAUUUCGACCCACUUUUCAUUUUCAUAAUGAAAAUUGGGGUGUAAAUUGUUGAUGACGAUGAUAAUUGAUGAGUGAAAAUUGUAAGUCAUGACAACGAUAAGAGAUACAGUGUUGGAACAGCUGGGAAGGAAGAAGAGAAGUCCAGGGAUUUAAAAAAUAAUAAUUUUAUAAAUUGUGUGUGUUGGUUUCUCAAUUUGAUCCUUCUACAUGGGUUUGUAUGUGUUGUGGUACCGCAGUGGCCUGAAUAUAAGCCACACCCAAAUAUAUGCCACACCUUUAAAAUUCGGUAGAGAAAAAAAGACAAUACCCAAAUAUAAGCUGCUCCCUCAAAAUUCUGCAGGCACUCACAACCAUUCCGUUUUACCAUAUGUCUGUUUCAGCAGCGAUAUCGUAAAAGCCAAUUUUUGUAAGGUCGCAAAUUUCAUCCGCACUUUAACUUUUCACAGUCAGAAUUUGGGGGGAAAAAGUGUGGCUUAUAUUCAGGCCAAUAUGGUAUUUUAUGAAUUGCAACUUGCAGUUAUUAUCAUUAAUCAUAGUUUAGAAAUUAUUUAUUGUAAUGGUUAAGAGUGAAUUUCUGGGGGUUUUUUUGCAGAUGUUUUGAGAGUUAAUUUUACUGUGUACUAUUCUAAUAGAUUAUUGAAUAUUACUAUAUUUGACAUAAGUCGUUCCAUUUUAAAUUUGUGUUUUAUUACGACCUGCUGUAUUGGAUCAGGUGAUUAUUGUCGGCAUUCAGAAGGUUGCUAGGCCAGCUGGCUAGCCUGAGCUGGGUCAUCUCCUUCCAGCCGUCCCACUGCGAAGACCCACCGGCCUCUGCUCCGACGUAAAUCAGCGACCCAGGCUUCAAAGCCAGGGCACGCUAUAUCAGCAGAGCAAAGUGUGCAAACAGAAUAGGCGUGAGGCUUGUGGAAGCAUACUACAACUACGGAUUUAUUAAUCAUAAAUCAGGACAAAGAAACAUGUCGUCUCUCCCUUUUCCUUCUCGGUGAGAGAGUGUCUAAAGCAAAGGCUAUACACAAACAGAAGUUCCCAGCAGACUGUGCUGGAAUGUAAACAGACAUUUGACGCGCAACAGUUCCAUGUCUGUAACUAAAGGUGGAAUGGAAUUUCCCAACAUCUAUAAGAUGUGAGUUCUUUGUUGUAUAUUUUGUUGCUGUAAACCGCCUUCUGUAAAGUAGUAUAGAAAGGCGGUGUGCUAAUUAAAAGUCAAAUGAAUUGUUGUUGUUUUUUUAAAAAAACCCCAAAGUGAAACCCCUAUAGUUGCUUGAAGAGGCUUGAAGAGCCUAGGAAUUGAAUUUGGAGCACUUGCACCCGAAAAGAUGGUCUCUUCCCAAUUGCCACCUUGCUCUGUGUUACUCAGAUUGUUUCUCAUUGCAUCCUCCCACCAACCCUGCGAGGCGGGUGCUGGAUUCACAUAUUCAUUGCCUUUUAAACUGUGCGUGUUUCUCUUGUUUCUGUUGUGCGUUUAUGUGCUUUUUAUAUUGUAAACCGCCCUGUGACCCUCGGAUGAAGGCCGGUAUAGGACUUAAAAUAAAUAGAUAGAUGAUAAAUAUUUAACCCUUGGCUUGCUCGUCCCCAGUUCUGCAAAUACCAAGAGCUAGAUACGCUCAAAGACCUCUACAACCAAGACGACGACCACCAGGAGCUGGGCAACUUCCACGUGCGUGCCAGCUAUGCCAGCGAUAAGGUCAGGAGCUCCCUGGAGACUGGCGGGGAGAUAAAAGGGUGUCCAGGGAGGAUGGCAAAUCUAGAUUUAGGAGGUUGCAGCAGGAUAUAUACCGUAUUUUCCGGCGUAUAAGACGACUUGGCGUAAACGAUUACCCCCAACUUUUCCAGUUAAAAUAGAGUUUGGGAUAUACUCACUGUAUAAGACUACCCCUCUUUCAACGCACACCAAAUAAGAAUUAAAAAAAAACAGUCUCCAGUCCGGCUCAGAAAUCCGCUCCCCUUCCCAGUGGCCGGGGGUGCGCUUAAUGCUGUUGUUGGUUCCCUGCCUUUGUUGUGAGCCUUUCCUUUCCUUUUACUGCGGGGGCUGCUUGGGCUGAGGCAGCGGCCACGUGUCUAGUUGCUGGGGCAAUGCGAGGCCGCCAUUUUGGACCAUGUGGUCUACUACCAGGAGUGGUUAAGGUCAUUCUGUUGCUGGUGAUUGUGGGGGCUUCUGGGGCCAAUUUUCAAGCAUAUUUCUGCUUCAUCUAGAGAGCUUGGUGUCCUCUUAUUUAAUUUGCUGUCGUUUUGUCCUUUGGUGAGGAGUUGCUGCAGGAGCUGCUGCUGUAGCCGGCGUAUAAGACGCCCCCCGACUUCUGAGAAGAUUUUCCUGGAUUAAAAAGUAGUCUUAUACACCAGAAAAUACAGUAGUUGGUGCAGCGUCUCCUCCACGUUUGUGUGGCGCCUGGUGGGCUCAAUAAACUGUGCAGAAAUGUGCAACCCGAGAACCAGCCGAAAACGCUGCCCCAUGCAUCCCAACUUUCUGGCCCAUAAUAAGGCUGCUGUGAGCAACGGGCGGAGUGGGAUUCGGGGAGGGAAGUCAGUGUUGAAUUUAAGCCAGCGGUUGCCCAUGUGAAAAAGAAUGAAAUGGGGAAAUGUGCGCCAAUUAAGGAAGCUUGCACGCAGUUAACUUGGGUCGCAGGACUCGUUUCUCUGCGCAGAACUGUCCUACAUAAAUCUUUCAGUCUCCGGAGCUCUGAGAUUGCAGGGAAAAGGCAGAUUAUUCAUACAGGUCCAAUCCCCAUCAAGGAAGCAACAAGUUCCAUUAUUGUUCCUAGCCCAACUGCUGUAUAUCCUGGAGCAGACAUGGGCCAUUUUUCUUAGCCUGUAUUAAAACGCGCAAGGGGUUCUUUUUUCUUCCACAGCCGAUCGACGGGCGGGUGGCCAGUUUGCAGAACGCAGUGGAUGAGUACUACAAAGCCAAGAACGAGUUUGCGGCCAAGGUGAGUGCGUGAAGAAGCAUCUGUUCUGUGUCAUGACCAUCAGAAGAAGCUGCUGCGUCAAGCCAGUGGCCCAUGUCCAGUCCGGCAACCUGUUUCAUAGGGGCUGACCAGAUUGCCUGUGGGAAACCAGCUAGAAGGAUCUGAGGACAAGAGCUUGAGCACAGCCAUCCUGGCUAGUAGCCAUCAAUAGUCCUCUUCUUUUCCCCGAAUUUGUCCAGUCCUCUUUCAAAGCUACCUGACUCAGUGGCCACUUUGCCUCCUGUGGCAGGGAGUUCCAUAGCUGUUGUUUUUCUAAAUUUAUUUAAUCAUUUUUUCAAUACAAACAACAACCGCAAAAGACACAUACAACGAAAACCAUAAUAACACUAAUAACAUAAUUUGACAAUUCAGAUUUGAAUACUGAUAUACCUAUGACUACUGGGACGCGGGUGGCGCUGUGGGUUAAACCACAGAGCCUAGGACUUGCUGAUCAGAAGGUCGGCGGUUCGAAUCCCCGCGACGGGGUGCGCACCGACCCCUCUCGCUCUCCAGGCUUCAGCGAAAGCAAUGCGAAGCCUCUGGAGCGCGGCAGGAGUCUUCCCUCUGCGCUUUGGAGGCUUCGCGUUGCUAUUGCUGAAGCCAAGGAGCCUGCAUUCGCUCUAUAGGACACGCACACACAUUUCCCCUUAAUUUUUGGAGGGGGAAAAGUGCGUCCUAUAGAGCGAAAAAUACGGUAAUUCCACUUGCUUCGUAUGAUUGACUGCUGGCUCUCUCCUGUCGCCCCUGAAGGGAGUGCAGCCCCCAAACCAAAAAAGGCCUGCUUGUCCCUUUGUCUGUCCGCCUGAAGCGUCCUCUAAGUCUCCCUCUCUCUUCUCGCCUUCCCUUUCCAGGCCACCGAAGACCAGAUCAAGCUCCUCCGCAGCCAGCGGCGCCUCCAGGCCGACUUUGAUAAACCCUACCUGGACGAGUCCCUCCACGACACCGUCUACAACCUCAUCCUAGAGGGGAACCACAAGCGAGCGGAACAGUUCUACCGCGACUUCAAGAUCCCCGACAAACGGUCAGGGCAGCGUGGGGAGUGGCAGGGAGGGAGCGGGGAUCCCCUGGGCUCUCACUUGUGGGGUGCCUCAGGGUUCCGUCCUCUCCCCCAUGCUUUUCAACAUCUAUAUGCAGCCGCUGGGAGAGAUCAUCAGGGGGUUUGGGCUGGGUGUUCAUCAGUAUGCAGAUGAUACCCAGCUCUACCUCUCCUUUAAAUCAGAACCAGUGAAGGCGGUGAAGGUCCUGUGUGAGUGUCUGGAGGUGGUUGGAGGAUGGAUGGCGGCUAACAGAUUGAGGUUGAAUCCUGACAAGACAGAAGUACUGUUUUUGGGGGACAGGGGGCGGGAGGGUGUGGAGGUCUCCCUGGUCUUGAAUGGGGUAACUGUGCCCCUGAAGGACCAGGUGCGCAGCCUGGGAGUAAUUGUGGACUCACAGCUGUCCAUGGAGGUGCAGGUUAAUUCUGUGUCUAGGGCGGCUGUCUACCACCUCCAUCUGGUACAAAAGAUGAGACCCUAUCUGCCUGCGGACUGUCUUGCCAGAGUGGUGAAUGCUCUAGUUAUCUCCCGCUUGGACUACUGCAAUGCGCUCUACGUGGGGCUACCUUUGAAGGUGACCUGGAAACUGCAAUUAAUCCAGAAUGCAGCAGCUAGACUGGUGACUGGGAGUGGCCGCUGGGACCACAUAACACCAGUCUUGAGAGAUCUGCAUUGGCUCCCAGUACGUUUCCGAGCACAAGUCAAAGUGUUGGUGUUGACCUUUAAAGCCCUAAACAGCCUCGGUCCAGUAGACCUGAAGGAGCGUCUCCACCCCCAUCGUUCAGCCCGGACACUGAGAUCCAGCACCGAGGGCCUUCUGGCGGUUCCCUCCCUGCGAGAAUUAGGUUACAGGGAACCAGGCAGAGGGCCUUCUCGGUAGUGGCUCCCACCCUGUGGAACGCCCUCCCACCAGAUGUCAAGGAAAUAAACAGCUAUCUUCUCUUUAAAAGAUAUCUGAAGGCAGCCCUGUUUAGGGAAGUUUUUAAUAUUUAAUGCUGUAUUGUUUUUAACACUAGAUUGGAAUCUGCCCAGAGUGGCUGGGGAAACUCAGCCAGAUGGGCGGCGUAUAAAUAAUAAAUUAUUAUUAUUAUAUCAUUAUGAUCAAGAGUCACACGGGAUAGUUAAGUGGGGAAAGCGCCCGGUUCCCCACUCCUCCACCGUACAGCCAAGCCCCAUAAUCUGGGGCAGGGAUUUGGGGAACCGGCCUUCCCCCAGGGCACUCUCUCCAGGCCACGCCCCUUGCUGCCCCCCCCCGAGUGUUUUAGCCUGGCUGGGAUGGGCCCUUGAAUGCUGGCCCCGCCUCCUCCUUGCCUGGGGGGAGGAUAGUGCAUUAUAAUAAAUAAUAAUAAAUGUUAUUUAUACCCCGCCCUCCCCGGCCAGAGCCGGGCUCAGGGCGGCUAACACCAGUAAAAACAUAAUGGGGGGAACCAACUAAUUCAAAAUACAGGUUAAAACGUGCCCUUUUUUCUUGGAUAGCCACGUCUAGUCACAUGCAAAAGGAAGGAUGCUUCAGCCCAGGAGGAAACAGGAAGUUCCGACUGGCUGGACCAAACAUCCCCUUGCAUGUCCACUCUAGGAAAACAAGGAAUGUUGUACUUGACUGCUACUUAUGUAUCACAUCCCACAGACUGGAGGUCCAACUUUUCUCAGAUCCUUGAGGACCACCCUCCCCCAACGCACACACACUUUUCUUGGUCUGGCCAGCUUGGCAGUUGUGACGCUGUCCCCUUCUUGCACUGUUAGGUUCUGGUGGCUGAAGAUCAGCGCCUUGGCUGAGCAAGGAGACUGGGAAGAGCUGGAGAAGUUCUCCAAGUCCAAGAAGUCCCCCAUUGGAUACUUGGUAAGGAAGGACGUUGGAGGGGGCAGGAGACUGUCCAGGCUUGGAGCCCGGCCUUGUUCAGUGAUUUCCUGGGCACCAGCCUUGGGGGUGCUUAUUUGAGAUUUCUGCAUCGCUGGGGGUUGUGCUAGACAAAUGUGGCAUUCCCAAAGCAAAGAAAGGAUUGGACUCUGAUUAAUCUUAGUGAUAGGUAAUUUAUUACGGUUGGAGACCAGCUUAUAAAACGCAUUUGGGGGUACAGUCACAGAAGUAAAACAGACAAUUAAAACAAUGUACAACAAUAAAUUUAAAAACAAUGUACAACAAUAAACUAUCCCAGGGAGUUGACCCAGAGUCACCCAUGGGACCGAGUUUGGGGAUUUUCAUGACUGGCUAUUCUGAGUUGGAAGAUGGUCUACGCCUACAGAUCUGUACACAGAAUCUGGCAACCAUCCAGGUCAUCUUCUGAUCUUUGCCUAACAGAAAAAGGUCAAAUAUUUGCUUUUCCGGGAGGUCAGCGAGCCUCACCAGUAGGGGAUCAAUGGUCUUACUAUGUGCCUCUUCAUAAAAGGGACAUCUAAAGAACAAGUGUUCUGGGCUUCCUAUCUCUCCCAAUGGAUAGGCGCAAAGUCUCUGAGCAUAUGGGACUUUUCUGAAGGCUCCUUCCAGGACCGGCGAGGGAAGAGCCGAGCUUCCGGCGAGUGUAAGGGCCCUUCUUGCAUUUCUAGAUACGAGAAAUGCAAGUAUAUAUCUCUCAAUUUCUCCAAUCUUAUACUUGGGGCACCUUGCGCAGUCCUGUUGUCUCUCAGUGCCUAAUAUUCUUUGCCUGACUGUAUCAUCCUCCAAGUCCCCAGAUGUGUCUCAAACGCAUGGGUUAGAUUAGAAGCGGGGAUGAUGAGAGUGGAGGCUAACAUCUGCCUAACAUCAAUCUACAAAUGGCUGACAUUGAAUCUGCUCCCCCGAGGGAUAGCCCCAUUGAUCCUCUGUGAUCAGUUCCAGUCAGGCUGGCAGACUGCAGUCCUGAACACCCUCCAGAAACUGGGUUUUGCCCCUCAAGCCCUUCUAAGUCUGGGGUUGGGCCAGGCAAAAGCUACAGUCAGGCAAAAAACCCACAAAAAAAUCUUAGUGUAUUUUUGGUCUUUGUUGGAAGCCGCCCAGAGUGGCUGGGGAAACCCAUACAGAUGGGCGGGGUACAAAUAAAUUAUUAUUAUUAUUAUUAUUAUUAUUAUUAUUAUUAGAAUACACACGAGACUUGACCAGCAAGACUCUGGGAGGGGUGCAUAUAAUAAUCGGCCCAGGUUGUUUUAUUCACAAAAGAACUUUUUACACAGUGUUCGUAAGAACCAAUCAGAGUUCCUCUGAGCAUUUCAAAAACCCCACGUGGGAAAAAGUCAGAUCAAAAGAAAUACUUUUAACUACAAAGACUACUCUGAGCAUGCAUACACAAUCUGAGAGUAAAUAAAACAGGACUAAAAAGGAGGAAUGCAUUCAGCAACCCCGGAGGUCAUAAACAAGCAAUAAACACGAGAGGAAGGAUGGCAAGGAGCUAGGUAUCUUUAUCACCUUCAUGUGAAAACUAUUUCCAGGCCCCAAGAUUAACAAAACCAAGGAAAGGUACAUCAAAGUAUCUUACUAUCUUUAUGUACUGAGGAUGCCUGAUGAAGCAACUGGCCUGUGUUUUUAGAAUGCUUAUACGUGCCUGUCAGGUGUAGAGAAAUCAGAGAUGCAGAGGCUUGUGGGAUUUGAUCAGAAAUUAUUGACAAUGCAUCGAACCUAGUCAACGCCAUGCUUUCAUAGCGGACACAAUGGCUUGAUGCAUACCGUAUUUUUCACUGUAUAAGACGCAUUUUUCCCCUCCUAAAAAGUAAGGGGAAAUGUGUGUACGUCUUAUGGAGCGAAUGCAGGCUGCGCAGCUAUCCCAGAAGCCAGAACAGCGAGAGGGAUCGCUGCGCUCCCUCUCUCUGCUCUAGCUUCUGGCUUAGGGACUGCUCUGUCCCUUCCCCCACCUCCCACAAAAGCCCCCAAGAGCCACGCAGAGUGUGUGUGCGUGACAGUAACGGGCUGCCCUUCUCCCUCCUUGGGGAAAAGCCUGCAAGAGCCGCACACACGCGGCUCGUGAAAGGGAGCGCUGAGCAGAGUCUGGGAUGCGUACAGGCUCUGCUCAGCGCUCCCUUUAAAUAAUUUUUUCCCUUGCAUUCCCCAUCUAAAAACUAGGUGCGUCUUAUGGAGCAAAAAAUACGGUAUUUUAUAAUUCCUCAUAGUAAUCCCAUCUGAUCACUACAACAAACCCACGGGGUCCCUGACAACUGUAUGAUUCUGUGAACCUGGAAUGCCUAAAGAAAGGAUAAAACGAUUCAGCCACACGAGAACAGGAACCACUCCCAAAAUAUAAUUACGAACAAGCCUCUUACAUCUGUACCUUAGGUAUGGAUACAGAGGACGCGCGACCCUCCAAAGGCUGCAUAGAAAAGGAGCCUGGCCCUUGGGUCCCCCGCAUUUAUAGUGCUUGCUUUGGGAAACUUGCAUUGUGUUGACACUGUGGGAUUUUUUUUGGCAGCCUUUUGUUGAGAUCAGCAUGAAGCACCACAACCGCCACGAAGCAAAGAAGUACGCCCCCCGCGUUGCCCCAGAGCAGAGGGUGAAAGCCUUCCUUCUGGUAGGGUACGUAUCUGGUCUGGUGGGGAAUGUCUUUGCCCCAUAGCAGUGGGCUUGGCUCACUUGUUCUGGGCACCUUUGGGGCUGGAGGCAGAGAGGAGGGCAACCAAGAUGAUGAUGAUGAUGAUGAUGAUAAUUUAUUAUUUAUACCCCGCCCAUCUGGUUGGGUUUCCCCAGCCACUCUGGACGGCUUCCAACAAAAUAUUAAAAUACUAUACUCUAUUAAACAUUAAAAGCUUCCCUAAACAGGGCUGCCUUCAGAUGUCUUCUAAAAGUCUGGUAGUUGUUUUUCUCUUUGACAUCUGGUGGGAGGGCGUUCCACAGGGCGGGUGCCACUACCGAGGAGGCCCUCUGCCUGGUUCCCUGUAACUUGGCUUCUCGCAGUGAGGGAACCGCCAGAAGGCCUUCAGAGCUGGACCUCAGUCUCUGGGCUGAACGAUGGGGGUGGAGACGCUCCUACAGGGCCAGAGCCGUUUAGGGUUUUAAAGGUCAGCACCAACACUCAGAAUUGUGCUUGGAAACAUACUGGGAGCCAGUGUAGAUCCUUUAGGACCAGUGUUACAUGAUCUCACCCCUAGUGCCCACUACCCUAUAAAAAUCAUUAUUCAGAAGAGUAGUUUGCCUAGCCCCCUAAGGAAGAUAAUAAAAUUCUACACAGUAACAAUUUAACUGCACGCUCAUCCAGAUCCAACUGAAACUGUUAAGUUUAGUCAAAUCAACAAAAUGGAUGAAGUUGAGCCAGCGAUAACAGCUUUUCAAAGUCUGAUAGUCAUUUACACCCACAGUGCCCCUUUGCCACUGCACCCUUGCUUCUGAGCGAGCAGCCCAGGCCAUCCCCUCCCGGGGUACAGAAUCGCCCAAUUUGGGAACCUCUGGUUUAAAUUAGGAUUUUAGUGCCUGCCUUUUAAAUGUGGAUUUUCUAAGCUGCUUGAUGGAGCGUUUUUCUUGGAAAGAGCACAGGCUAUGAACUCUGCUGAAAUAAAUAAGCAAAUGAAUUUUAAAACUUGCAUUUCCGUUUGUUUUAGCAGGCAUUUCCGCCCUGCCCUCUCCUUGUUUGUUUGUUUACUUAUUCUCCGCCCGUUUUUCAUGGCAGGGACUUGAGCCAGGCUUCCGAAGCCGCCAUUGAACGGAAGAACGAGGCAGAGAUGAACCUCAUCCUCUCAAAGUGCACGGCGGCCGCAGACGCUUCUGUCGUUGCCAAGAUCAACCUCGCCAAAGCUCAGCUUGGAAAGAAGUAGGGCCCCCCCCUUCUCCGCCCCGCCCCCCACCUUGCAGCUCCCUACUGACUGAAGGAGUGGGGUUGGGGGGUCAGUUUUGGACAUCCCCUGUGCUGGGGGCAUCAGCUGAGCUCUGGUGCAGAACCAUCCAGUGUUAGCCUUUUGCAAGGAGAAGAGAGCCAAGCUCCUUGCGUUGGCCAUGGGUGAGUUUUCAGACACAGAAGGCAAUUUCCUCCUUCCUUUCUUCCUCUGGAUUUGAUGCUCCUGAUUUCCAGUUGGUUUGGGCAAGAGGUGUCGCACGUGCGAACGAGGAAUCCCAAACCCUCUCUUCCCAACCUUCCUUAUCAAAUGCUUUUUCAGUUGCGCUCUGCAAAACAGCAGGCUCUUGGGCUUCUCUCUUGGGCUGUUUGUUUAAGAGGGGGAAUGAAUCCGUUUUUGGAGAGGAAGUUUGCUUGCCCGGAUCCUGAACUGCCUCUCUCUCUCUGUGUGGACGUGGAGGUCGCAGCCCAAGAGUUCGUCGCCGGUACUGCCUGCAUAACCAUAAUGCCAUCUUCGUUUUAUUUAUUAAUCCCCUUGUGAAUUUGUAAAGUGGGAAGAAUCUUGCGGGGACAAAAGGAUCGUAGAAAUAAACAAUAGCUGCUCACA